AUCAGCCAAUAGUGACAGGCCCGCGGAAUCAGCGACAUGUGAAGCUAUGCACUCGUGGCUCUUGUGUACUACGCCAUCUGGUACCACGUUCGCUUAGUACAUGUCGAUUACCGAGUCUUCAAGAUUACGAUUCACAUACAUAUGACAGGAGGCUUGCGCUUGUCCUUGCCUUCACCAGUGGAUGUUACCUUUUGUAUCACUGCGGCCGCACUAGGGUAUACAUAAGUAGUCAAAGAUCCGCCGUACGAAGCCUCGGGUCAUCUUCGUCCGAGUAUUCUUUUUCUUCCAGCCCACUCCCCCUUCGGCACGGAUCAUAUACAGAGCUGGUGGCGACGCCAGCGCAGCCUGCCUAAUUAAUCGCCGCUCAUAGCAGUUGUGUGUAUGGAGCAAGGUGCUGUUUCAAGCUUCGGGUUAAGCGGAAAGAAGAUUGACAACAGCUUUAGGAAACGG